UUGAUAUCUUAACAUACCAUGCACAAUUUGUGAAUAAUUUUUUUUGCCGGCGUUCGUGUUUCAGAAAAAUAAGAUUAAAAACAAAUAUAUAAAAUGAAAUUAGUAAGAUUUCUAAUGAAGCUUAGUCACGAGACUGUGACCAUCGAGCUGAAGAAUGGAACUCAAAUACACGGUACCAUAACAGGCGUAGAUGUGGCCAUGAAUACUCACCUCAAGAGUGUCCGGAUGACCAUCAAGAACAGAGAUCCUGUUCACCUGGAGUCUUUGAGCAUCCGUGGCAACAAUAUAAGAUACUUUAUACUGCCGGACAGCUUGCCAUUGGAAACAUUGCUGAUAGAUGACACCCCGAAAUCGAAGACAAAGAAGAAGGACAGCGGUCGCGUUGGUAAUCGUGGCAGAGGAAGAGGCGCGCGAGGACGUGGAGGACCCAGAGGACGCGGCCGAGGCAGGGGAGGAUCAAACCGACGUUGAUUUUGUAACUCCUACAUUUAAUAAAACUAAACAAAAGAAAACAUUUUAGAUACAUGUCUGUUGAAUUUACUCAAACAGUAUUUAUUUAUAAAAACAAAGCUGUUUAACUGGAGAUCCAUCUGAAAAGUAAUUCAAUAAAACGAAUAGAAUAUUACUUGUGGAUUUGCAUAUAAAA